AUGAGGAGCUAUUAUUUAUUUAUAAUUGCCAUAACUGGCAUUAGAACCGGAUUUAUUUCUUUAAUAUUACAAUUUAAACACUUACUUAACCUUCUUCUAAGGUUAGAAGCUAUUACUAUAAACAUUUUUAUUUUAUUGUAUAGAAGAAGAAAUAUAAUUGGCUCUUCUGGGUUUUCUGCUUUAAUUUUAAUUACUUUAAGAGUAUGUGAAGCUAGUUUAGGUAUAUCCAUCUUAGUAUCUAUAGUUCAAAGACAUGGAAAUGAUUACGUUUCUAGAUUUUCUAGCCAGAAAUGUUAA